AUCCCUUCGCCAGGUCGAACCACGUAAGUUGGCGAGUAAUUCCUAUCGAGAUAGAGUUCCGGACCAAAAUUCUGAUUGGAGAGAUGCCCCAUACUAGAACGGACCAACACGUCCUCGUCGCUGGUUCCACCGUAGCGCUGCUUUACUUUGAGACGCUGAUAUGCCUGACAAUGGACAAACUCAUGUCUUGCCUAUCUAUGGUCACAAUGCCCAACCUUCGAUUGGAUUCGUCAUAGAUGAUACCAGCGACACAGAUUCCGGGGCCCCGUGGUCUCGCAUUGGCGAGAGGAAGUGGACUAUUGAUUAGAGUCAAAUCCUUGAAGAUAAGCUCAGACCCCGGUUGGCUUCACGAUGAUAAAUUGAUAAAUGGAGGCCGCCGGAGCGCUGGCAAUACACUUCGAUCUCAUCGUUGAGCAAAUAUUGUCCCGUAUCACACACUUACCCUCUGCAUUCAGCGAGCUCACAUCUUCCCCCAUCUAGAAGACACUUUCCUCACACAUCUGCAUCUGCAUAUCAGCAAUGGCAGCUACAGCAGUAUCGCCAGCUUCCAUUGAAGCUAAGCGGAACUGGAGUCCGAUUAUCACAGAAACUGCUAGCAUGGAGUUGGGAAAUGAUGAAUUUGAUCCCACACGACACCUUGUCUUCAAGGACCACCCAAAGGUAUAUACCAUGAAAGACAUAGGUUUGCCAGAGGAUACUGGAAUCUCCCCAGUUGCUGUCUCGGAACCCUUUCCUCUCUUCACGGAGGAAGCUGUGAUGAGGAUGAGGAAAGAGGUCUUGAGCGCCGAGGUGCUUGGCAACUGCCAGUACUCUAGCCAUCUAGCACAGUGUCAGCUGAGGGGUUUUGCGAACAAGUACGCUCCCUUUGUGUAUGAUGUGUGGAAAAACCCAGAGACGCUGGCUAUCAUCUCUAAAAUCGCGAAGAUUGACUUGGUGACUGAGAUGGAUAUUGAGAUUGGCCAUAUCAAUAUCUCGGUCAAGUCCGAGGAAGAGAAGCAGGAAGAGCUGCAGGCCUUCAGUGACAGAGCUCAGUAUGAGGCAGAUGAAGGCAUCGCAGGAUGCCCUUGGGAAGACGAUAAGCCCAUCGUAGAUUGGCACACUGACAGCUACCCAUUUGUCUGUGUGACCAUGCUCAGCGACUGUACCACCAUGAUUGGUGGCGAGACGGCUCUUCGUACCGGUACGGGCGAGAUCAUGAAAGUGCGAGGUCCACAGAUGGGAUGCGCUGUCGUGCUACAGGGAAGGUAUAUAGAGCAUCAAGCUCUGCGGGCACUUGGCACGGCGGAGCGCAUCAGUAUGGUGACGUCGUUCAGGCCUCGAUGCCCGACGGUGCGUGAUGAUACGGUCUUGACGACUGUACGUCCCAUCUCGAACCUUGAGGAGCUGUAUAACCAAUUCAGUGAGUACCGUCUCGAGAUUCUCGAGGAGCGUAUUCGUCAGCAGCUGAAGGAUCUGCGCGAAGCCAAGAGCGUCGGUCGCAAGGUGGCUACAUAUAAGCUCAAGGCCUUCCUUGAAGAGCAAGAGAAAUUCCUUUCUCACAUGAAUAGCGAGAUGGUUGACGGAGAAGUGGUCCGCGGAACUAUCGAAGACAACCUUCUGCUCAAGAAGAAAUCUGGAAGUAAGUCCAAGAAGCGCCCCCGAAGAUUUUAAAGGUAGAGGGUUAGGGCAGGAAACGUGUGUAUGAGAUGUAUGAAAUUGGCAUUAGCAGCA